GGCUUACUAAACGCAGAACCGGAGAUCAUCAUUUAAGCUUUUGGGAGGCUAUCUACAAACCACAUUUUCAGCCUUCACCAUGGGAUUCGGCGAACUGCUGACAGAUAACCAAAUCGGUAUGGUGUACUUGGUGGGUGCACCUAUCUUCAUAUCCCUGAUGCUCGUUCACUUCUACUACUGCUGGCUCAGUGUCCGCGAGUGCCGCCGUUCCAGGGGCAGAAAGUCCCUGCUCUCCGAAGCCCCCGAGGCCAUACUCCAAGUGGAGGUCUAUUGAUAAACGGCUUGGAUGUGAAUCACUCAGAAAACUGUAGUUAUCGGUCUGCAUGGGAAGGUCUUAUUGUAUAUAUUAAUACGUACGCCAAGCAUUUAAUACGCUUAUCAAUUAGCAAAACUGUUCAUUUUUUCUUAGAA